ACCGUGCACACCUGUUUCAGAGAAAAACCAGGACAGCUCUGGACAACCUGACAUCGUUUGGGGUAGUGCUUGGAAGACCUAUGGAGAGGUUGAAGACAUGGAGGGGCGGCUGGGCAUACCCCACCAUCCUACUGUGUGUUUACGGCUUCUUCAGCACCGUGAAGCCCCUGGAACCCUUCCUUAUCCCUUUCUUCACCGGACCUGACAAGAACCUCACCACAGAGCAGGUGAUCAACGAGAUCCUCCCAGUUUGGACCUACUCCUACCUGUGCGUGCUGGUGCCCGUGUUCCUGCUCACCGAUUGGCUGCGCUACAAGCCAGUGGUGGUGUUCCAGAGUGUGAACCUGCUGAUCACUACAAUCUUCCUGCUGUGGCUGCGGAGUGUGGCGGCCAUGCAGGCGAUGCAGUUCUUCUACGGCGUUGUGACAGCCACCGAGGUGGCCUACUUCUCCUACAUCUACAGUGUCAUAGAUCCGGCCCAUUACCGCAAGGCCACUUCCUACUGCCGCAGCGUGCAGCUCCUGGGCUACACCGUGGGGGCUGUGCUGGGCCAGCUGCUGGUGAGCUUCGACCUCCUGUCCUACAGCGGCAUCCUGGUCUUCACCAUGGUCAUGAGCUCCAUAGCCCUGCUCACCGCCUGCCUCUUACCCAUGCCACGGCGCAGCAUGUUCUUCCACCGCCACCGAGGCCCCGCCCCAGAAGGCUCGGGGAAGUCGACAGAGGCCGGGGGGGCAGUGGUGUCGGCGGAAACAGACACACGUGAAGGGGCAGGGUGGGAGGGGGGGACAGUUGGACUUACAGCGCAAGAGAAGGGAGAUGAAGGAGAGGGUUCUGCCCGUGCAGCUGGCUGUGGGAAGGUUCUUCUCCAGCUCUGGGCAGACUUCCUCCAGUGUUAUUCCUCCAGACAGCUGCUCUACUGGUCCGUGUGGUGGGCCAUGGCCACCUGUGGCUACAACCAGACCGUCAACUAUGUACAGGUGCUGUGGCAACAUGUCGAGCCUUCUGAAAACUUCACCAUGUACAAUGGAGGAGUGGAAGCCUUUUCUAAUCUGUUUGGUGCUGCAACGGCCUAUGGUGUAGGCUUCCUCCAGGUCAACUGGUCCCACUGGGGCGAGCUGUCUCUGGGUGCGUUCUCAGGCCUGGAGGCCACGGCUCUCUUCCUGAUGACCUUCACGGGCAGCAUCUGGCUGUGCUAUGUUGGCUAUGUUAUUUUCAAGGGACUGUACAUGCUGCUGAUCACCAUAGCGACGUUCCAAAUCGCAGCAGACUUAUCGAUGGAAAGAUAUGCUCUGGUUUUCGGUGUCAACAACUUCGGAGCUUUGGUCUUGCAGACUAUCAUUACCGCUAUAGUGGUGGACAGCAGAGGGCUGGGCCUAGCCAUCAUCCCUCAGGUGAGUCGACAGUUUAGGACAGCGGACUUACAACAUGCUUUUGUAGAAAGAAAAAUUCAAAUCACUCACAUCACUGAAUGCCAUUUUUCCCCUCUAGUUCACCAUAUAUUCCAGCUAUUUUGCAGUCAUUGCAGUUAUAUUCACAAUACGUGGAGUGUUCACCAUUUGGAAAGAGCGGAGAUGCAGCGAAGAGCCUGCUUCUUCAAAAAGUGAUCCACCAGACCCUGGGGUCUGCCUUGAAGAAAGACUGUGAAGAGUAGUGCAUUAUAUCUGCCGCUUCUGCGACAACUAAUGGGGAUCCAUAAUAAACAAUAAACACUAAAUAAUAAGCACUGCUAGCUUUGGUCCCUUGGGAUGUUUUGGCUCCACUGUCAAUGGCUUCAAAUGAUUGACUACAAGACAAUUAAUAUAAAUUGUUUUUAUACAAAAAAAAAAGGACAUUUUCACAGGUGAACAUGUACAAUGCAAUGCAAAUUAAAGGUUUGGUUACCUUAUUAGUUAAAAUUAUUUUUAAUAUAUAUAUUUACACAUUAAAUUAAAAUAUUCUAACACCUGGUGCAAGUGGGGCUGGGACACCAUUAUGGUAAACCAUGCAGGUUUUCACCCCCCCUAAACAUUUAGGAUUGUUUUUUUGUAAUAUGACUUCCAUGUCAUAAAAUGUCUUAGCCCUAACUGAUAUUUUUUGAGCCUGUGCCUUUAAAAGGAAGGGGUUGAGGACAACAAAGGGGAGGAGAGACCAGCCCUUACCUGAUGCAGCAAUUAGCACCGCACUCAAAAGCAUUUCUGGACCUCGGUUAACAAGGUCACUGUAAACCAUACUGCACAAAACAACUUGCUAAAUGGCAGCAUCUAUCGACUCUCCAAGUGAACAGUUUGCUUAAACAACAUUUUGAGUGGGUGCAAGAUACAAAUACUGAUAUGCAGAGAGCUAAAUAUUUCAGAGAGCGCGAGCGAGAGAGAGAUCUGUACACGUUUGCAGCAUAAUGAAUAGGAUAUUUGCAAUAACUUAUCAGCCAGUUUGAAUAUACAUUGUGGCUCAGUACAGGCCAGUUCACAGGUUUUAACAGAGGCACGGAGAGGAGCACACCUCUUCCUCUGCACACAAUCACAUACUUCUGUUCAUCUUUGUCGCAAUUCUGUUGCUAGGAGACGUUCUUUUCUUGUCUCGUCUUGUCUGCGAUUGCUUGUUUGUUUUUCCCAAAUGAAAAUAAAAAAUACA